AUGCCAAAGAUUAUUACUGUAGUCGGUGCGACAGGUCAACAAGGCAGGUCCGUAAUUCGCACCAUUCUUCAGAACCCCAAGCUCUCCCAGGAAUUCAAGAUUCGCGGCAUCACUCGCGAUGUCUCGAAGCCCGAGGCCCAGGCUUUGUUGAAGCAGGGCAUUGAAGUGAAAAGUGCCGACAUGAACUCCAAGGAAUGCCUAAGCCAGGCGUUACAAGGCAGUCACUCGGUGUUUCUCGUCACAACGCCAGCUUGGGGUAACGCUGGCUCCGAUGCCGAACUAGUCCAUGGCAAGAAUGUCGCCAAUGCAGCCAAGGAAACCGGUGUCCAGCAUUUGAUCUUCUCCUCUUUGCUGAACGUCACAGAAACUUCUGGCGGCCGGCUCAAGCACGUCCCGCACUUCGAUCAUAAAGCUCAGGUAGAGCAGUAUAUUCGCUCUCUGGGGAUCCCGGCUACGUUCGUCCUACCAGGGUAUUUCAUGACCAACUAUACUCAGUUCGGAAUGUUGCGAAAGGGCGAUGACGGUAUCUAUACCCUCGCCUAUCCCGUUGGCAAAGAUGCCAAGCUUCCGCUUAUCGAUAUCGCGAAAGACAUGGGAAAGUAUGUUGCGGCAGCCUUGCUGAAUCGCUCGGAGGUAUUGGGUUCCCAGGUACUCGCUGCAGCGGACUAUUACACUCCCAGUCACAUCCUCGCCGAGUUUGAGGAAGUCACUGGACAGAAGACGCGGUUUUUGCAGAUUGACUCCGAGACAUAUAAGAAUUUUAUUCCUGGUCCGAUGGGUUUGGAGAUGUUGCAGAACCACCUUUUCAUCGAAAAUCCGGGAUACUUCAAUGGACGGAGUCUCGAGGAAAGCCAGAACUUGUUGGCAAAGGCAGCCUAUCAGCCCGAGAGUUGGAAAGAGUUCCUUGAGGUAAACAAAAGCUCAUUUGUCUAGUUUUAGGUGCUAUAGCGAGGUCUCUGGCGGUGUGUGAUCGCUGUGAUAACACAUUGAAGUCGAUGCCUUCUGAAUCGAAUA